AUGGAAGGCCAAAGCGCUCAGUGCGUGCAGCCCUACGACCCGGCCUGGCAAGCUGGGGCGCUCCUCAGAGAGGGACCCCCAGGCCUCGGUUCCAAUGUGUACCUGCUCCACCGCGAGGGCCGCCUCGCAAGGUACACAUGCAGUGCCACAGCGCCCACCAUCCUGUCACUGCCUUUCCAGGUCCCACCACGAGUCAGUGCCCAGCCACCAACACCAUGA